AUGGACAUAAUUCGAAAACCGGACAUUGUGAAACCCUUAGUAUCAAGCCGUGAUGAUCCUGGAGCCGCAGCUUUGAGGAUCAAGAUGCAAGAGUAUGACUUCAGGCGUCAGUUCUAUAUCGCCCACCUGGAGGAGGAGUUGCAGAAGGGGAAGAAGUACGUCUUGGCCAUGGAGUUUAUCGGUUACCUAAACGACCAGAUGCGAGGCUUCUACAAGACCACCUACACUGAUGCUGACGGUAUGCGGAAGAAUCUGGCGACGACGAGCUUCAAGCCCUCCUACGCGCGCUACGCCUUCCCAUGCUUCGAUGAGCCGGCGCUGAGAGCCACCUUUGAGGUCUUCCUUGCGAGGGAAACCUGGAUGACGUCGGUGGCCAACAUCCCUCACAACAAUACUCUACCAGUGGAAGGUCAAGAGGGUUGGAAGUGGGACCACUACCAGGUGACCUUCCCCAUCUCCACCUUCCAAGUCGGUUUCCUGGUGUCGAGCUUUGCCGUCCUGAACUCCACCGAGAACGACCACGUGCAAGACUUGAUCGCUGUUCCAGAACUCAUUCCUCGAGUGACGGAGGGCAGGGGAAUCACCCAUAUUAGGCUAGAAGUUCUGAACAUAAACCCACAACCGACGCUGCCUUUCCCGCACAGAGAAGACCACCUGCUUUUCCACCCGGAGAUCUCAAGCGUCAGGGACCAAGAGCAGGUCGCACACGCCGUGGCCUUCGCGUUGGCACAGCAGUGUCUGGGUGACCUCCUCUCUCCCGGGUGGUGGGAUGAAGGUCUCGGCCAAGGAUUUGCUACGUUUAUGGAGUACAUGGGCGUGGAACUUCUUGAGCCCGACUGGAAGGUCAUGGAGGACUUCGUGGUCAGCCAACUCCACCCGGCCUUCGCUCUGGACUGCCUGGAGUCGUCAUACGAGGUCAUCACCCCAGUGGUCACCCCGGAGAAACUCAGCGAACUCUCUGACGUCAUCACCUAUGGGAAAGGAUCCUCUCUUAUUCGCAUGGUGAGCCACUUCCUCGGUGAUAAGCUGUUUAGUGAUGGUUUUAACAGCUACCUGAAGGAUAUCAAGAAUACCACUGCAAAACAUGACGAUCUCUGGGAAAGUCUGACUACUGCUGCGCAUGCGGACAAUGUGCUGCCUGAGUAUACGACAGUUAAGAUGAUAAUGGACACGUGGACUUUACAGAAAGGUUACCCUGUCAUUAAGGUGAUCAGAAGCCCGGAAGGUACCUCCGCUACAGUCACGCAGGAACGUUUUCGGCAGGUGAAGAACCCCGAAGAGACGUCUGACACCAAGUGGUGGGUUCCCCUGACGUACACGACUCAGAGCGACGCCGCUUUCAACGUGACUCAGGCGACGGUGUGGAUGAAGGCGUCAGAGGACAGCAUCACUAUCACGUCCCUUCCCCCGAAGGACGAGUGGGUCAUCUUCAACCUGCAGGAGACGGGCUACUACAGGGUCAACUACGACGAUUUCAACUGGACCUCUCAUCCAGCUGAAGGACGACCACGAUCAUCCACGAGUACGGUACACAUCUUAAAUAAUUUUAGUAUAGAUAUUUUUGUCAGUCCAGAAUCACCACACUUUGCGCUCAUGACAAACCACAAAUCAUAUUCAUCAGGUCAUCUCCGUUACGAGACUGCUCUGUACAUGCUAUCUUAUCUCAAAAAUGAGGUUGAAUAUCUUCCCUGGAUUGCUGCUAUGAACAACUUAGAGUACCUAGAAUCUAUGUUAGGAGCGUCAAUGGACCACGGUGCUAUCAAGAGUUUCCUGUUGGGCUUGGUGGUGCCCCUGUACGACUCAAUGAGGAUUGCCAACGAAACAGAAGACUCUCGUCAUGUGCAACAUUUACAAGAACUAGCCAUACACUGGGCUUGCAAGCUUGGCUACCCCCAAUGUCUAAGUGACGCCCUCACCACCUUCCAUAUGUGGAUGAAACUACCUAAAAACGAAAGCCUGAUCGCCCCCAACGUGAAGUCAUCCGUGUACUGCCACGCCAUCGCAGAAGGGGGGCCGACUGAAUGGGCUUUUGGCUGGAAUCAAUUUCUGAAGUCAAAGGUCGCAUCCGAGAAGGAGAAACUCCUGAACGGGCUGGGUUGCAGUAAAGAAGUUGCUAUUCUUACUAGGUUCCUUGAGAUGGCUUUCCUGCCCAACGGCGAAAUAAUGAGGCAGGACUCCAUAAUAGCCUUUACGUCCGUCGCCAGAAACGAAUUUGGACGCGCCUUAGCCUGGGACUUCCUCAAGAACCGUUGGAAUGACGUAUAUGUCUUCGACAAGAGGCAGCGAGCGAAGAUGCUGCGGGCGGCCACUUCCGCCUUCAGUACGAGGGAAGAUCUUCAGAAGUUGCAAUUAUUCCAGCAGGACAGUACAUAUGACAUGGAAGAGAACGUCCGCAGUGUCGAACAGGUGGUUGAAAGGACGAGAAACAACCUCUUCUGGAUGGCGUCGAACUACAACACGAUCGUUAAGCUGUUAGAGAUUGGCCAGUCUCUGAAAGCUGGACAACCAAGCCAAGUGGCAUAG